AAUACUUAUGAAUUGCACUUUAUAGUGUCAGACAUCAUUCUACAAGCUUCGACAUCAAUCAAAUUGAUAGUUGUGUGACGAAAGUUUGUUUUUGUUACAAGAUAAAUGUUAGCGACUUAAAAGUGUUUUUUUAUUAAAAUUAUUUUACAUCAUAUGUUACAUUAAAUUGUUUUUUGUUAUAUAUAUCGUAAUUUAUUAUGUGGAUGCAGAAAGUAUUACGAUUCACAAAGAAUACAAACAUAUUAAAAAGGUCAUUCAUCCAUAGAAGAACUCAGUUUUCACAAAAGCGAACCCAUCAUUAUGCAUUCACAACAAAAUUGUUUACUGCAUCAUCAUUUACUACUAUGGGAAUAUGGGGUCUUACGAAGAAAAAGAGUGAAAACGAAGUAAUUACUACUAAGGAAGUUUUAAUAGGAAAGGCUGAUGCAUUGUUUGAUCAAGGAAAUUAUAAAGAAAUAUAUGAUCUAUUAUCAAAUUAUAGAGACAGUGGAGAUGUUGAAAUUUUAUGGCGUUUGUCCAGAGCAUUAUAUAAAAUGGCUAAAACUGCUACUGAUAUCGAAGGGAAAAAAAUGGUUUAUGAAGCGUAUGAUUUGAUAAAUAAUGCUUUAAAAAUAAAAGAAGAUCAUUGGGCUGUACAUAAGUGGAUGUCUAUUAUACUUGACAACAAAUGUUCUUAUGAAGGUAUGAAAGUAAGAAUAAGAGAAUUAUAUAACAUCAAGAAACAUAUGCUGAGAGCUAUAGAACUUAAUCCAACAGAUGCAACAACUAUGUACAUGUUAGGUACAUGGUGCUAUCAGGUUUCUGAUUUAGCAUGGUACCAAAGAAAAAUUGCAGCUGUAGUAUUUGGAGAGCCACCAACUUCAUCUUUUGAAGAAGCUCUAAAAUACUUUCAAAGUGCAGAAGAGGCUGAUCCUCAUUUUUACAGUUAUAACUUACUAAUGCUUGGGAAAACUUAUUUAAAGUUGAACCAAAAGGAAGAAGCAUUGAAAUAUUUAAAAAUGGCAGCUGAAUAUCCAGCUAAAAAUGAUGAUGAUCAUCUUGCUAAGCAAGAAGCGCAAAAAUUAUUGAAGGAAAUGUGAAAACCAGAACAAUCUUUUAAAUAACUGCAGUAAUGGUUAAGGGCACAAAGUAAAUCUAAGAAUCGGUUCUUAGGUAUAAAUUUAUUUAAAAAACUACACAUUUUUGAUAUUUUUAUAAUGAUAUUAUCAUAUUGGUACAUGAUAUAAUAAGUACUACGUGUUACUCGUUUACGCAGCGCAAUGUGGUAAAUAUUUUAAAAACCGCAGUAUUAUAACUAAUCGGAGAUAUAAUAAUUGUACAUAUUAUCAGUUAAUGUAUAACAACGUUGUUACAAAGAAUUUUUGAAACAUUAAUUGCUAUUGGUUAAUCUAUUGUUAUAAUAUAUAUUGCAGCUUUUGAUAUUUUUGAUACUUUUAUACAUGCACACCAUUG